CAUGUCUCAUGACGACGGGCAGCAUAUCAACUUGCAAUCUUUUUGUGUCUAAUUGACAAACAACAACCUCCCAUCUACUCCUGGGAGAUCAUCAUCAUCAUGGAGUCCAAGCUUCCGGAAAAGGAGGGAGGCGUGAUGAUGCUGGAGCAGGUGCCGUUGAUGGCGGAUGAGGAGAGUCACACCUUCAAGGAUUCACGAUCGAGGCGCAAUGCCUCUUCAAUCCUCAAGGCCGCCUUUAUUGGUGUGGGAUUGUUACUUGUUUUGACGGUUCUAAAUCUCCAUCAUGGUCACUCUUCUUUUCGGUUGCCGGGUUGUCUGAAAGGCUCUUCUCGGAAACAACAUGGUACGACUGGGUCUGAAACUUGUCUGACUCCCGCGUGCGUACACGCUUCGUCCGAACUGUUGUACAACUUGUCACCUGAUUACAAAAACAUCGAUGCUUGCACCGACUUUGAAGAAAUGGUCUGUGGAGGGUGGAGGGACCGUCAUGACCUGAGACCCGACCAGGGCGACGCCUUUACUGGUACCAUCAUGUCCGAGACCUCUGAAAUGCUCCUUCGCCAUAUCCUGGAGGCCCCUUAUCCGAGUUCUGCCACGGUAAGUUUCAUUCCGUGAAUUUCAUCAUAUGCUACUCGACUCCACCGUCGAGUGUUGGCUCACGACGAAUCCAGAAUGCUGAUUUCUCGCCAAACUUGAACCACGUCACGGGGUCUGUAGAUCAACAGAACUUCGACAAGCUUCAAACCGCGUACAAUGCUUGUUUGGACGAAGAUACAAUCAAGAGUCGUGGUGUCGCCCCGUUGCUCCACAUGCUCAACGAGACGAGUCACAGGUUGUUUGUUGCACCAGCGGAAUCGGAGAAGCCUCUGACCGAUACCAUUACUUAUCUUGCCAAUCUAGGAAUAUCGGCGUUCGUGGCAGCCGGCACUGGUGCGGACGAUCGGGACCCCGACACCGUCGUCAUUUCGGUUGCCGCCCCUUAUUCGAUCGGCCUUCCUGCCAAAGAGCUGUACAACGACGAGAAGAUCGUCCAAAAAUACGAAGACGUAGUAUCUCAAGUCAUGUCUGCACUCUACCCUGAAAAGGCUACCAAGGUCGAUUCACGCGGUCUUGUCGAAUUCGAGAAGAAGCUUGCCGCCGCAUCACCGGACGCUGAAGACCGAGACGAUGUUACAAAAUACUACAAUCCGAUGUCACCCAGUGAAGCUGAUAAACUCGUUCCACAAAUCGACCUUCCCAGCAUACUGAAGAGCCUCGUGCCCAGGGACUAUGAUAUCGACCGAAUCAUAGUAAUGGCACCACAGUAUCUCAAAGAGCUCAGCAAGCUCUUGGACCAAACCUCAAAGGAAACCCUUGACACUUAUAUUGCGUGGAAAGUCGUUCAGACGUUCAACUCUUACGUCGAGGCGGAUGCCCUUGUUCCUUAUAAGCGUUUCCAGAAUGAACUACAAGGCAAGGACCCUGAUUCGUCACCUGAACGUUGGAGAAAAUGCGUCAAUCACGUUGAUGGUGGCGUGGGUUGGCUUCUCAGUCGAUUCUUCGUCGAAAAGGCCUUCUCCGCAAAAUCCAAAGCCUUUGGAGACCAAAUUGUUUCGGACAUCAAAGACCAGUUCAUCGAGAAACUCAAAGUCACCGAGUGGAUGGAGCAGGAGGUCAUCGACCUUGCUAUAAACAAAGUUCACAAUAUCGUGCAAAAGAUUGGGUAUCCUGACAAGAGCCCGAACAUUUUGAACCCCGACGCACUACACGACUAUUACGAGAGUGUCAAGGUCAACGGCUCGACGUUCUUUGAGAAUGCCGUCUCGAUGACACGGUCGGAAGUGGUCAAGGAAUGGUCGGCACUGGGCAAACCGGUCGACAGGGACCAGUGGGACAUGACGGUCCCGACGGUGAACGCGUACUACAACCCACCGGGGAACGAGAUCGUCUUCCCCGCGGGCAUCAUGCAGUUCCCCGUGUUCGACGUCCGGGUCCCCCAGUACCUCAGUUACGGCGCGUUCGGGUCGGUCAGCGGCCACGAACUCUCCCACGCCUUCGACUCGACCGGCCGGCACUACGACCAGGACGGCAACUACACGGACUGGUGGACCGACGCGACCGUGGCCGGGUUCGAGCGCCGGGCGCGGUGUUUUGUGUCGCAGUACCACAACUUCACCGUCGAGGGGCGCGACGGCGAACCCCUCCACGUCAACGGGAAGCUCACGCUGGGUGAAAACAUCGCCGACGCCGGCGGCGUGGCGGCGGCGUUUGCGGCCUGGAAGAGGCGCGCAGCUUCCCCCGGGGGUGGGGACCUGAACAUGGACCUGCCGGGCCUGUCCGACUUCUUCACCCACGACCAACUGUUCUUCGUCUCUUACGCCAACUGGUGGUGCGGCGAGACCCGCAAGGAGACGGCGAUCCAGAGGAUCUACACCGACCCUCACUCCCCCAAGUGGGCCAGGGUCCUCGGGACCAUGGCCAACUCGAGGGACUUCAGGGAGAGUUUCAAGUGCGACAAGAAGGAACCGGUUUGUGAAUUGUGGUGACGGACGACUUUUGUUAUCGUGUUCCCAUUUCCUUCUGGGUUCGUUUCUUUCGAACCGAAAAACAAACCCGUCGCCCUGCGAGGUUUUUUUUUCUAGUUCCGUCGGUCAAUCAUCAUCAUCAUCAUCAUCAUCAUCAUCAUCAUCAUCAUCAUCAUCAUCGAGUGUCUCAUUGUUUCUUUCUCUCUUUUUUGGGCCUUCUUUCGUCCGGGUAUUGCUAUAAAAAAAAGGUACGAGUAGAAUUGAUCACUAGUAAAUG